AUGUCACGUUCGCUACCUCCGGAAGUUCUCCAGGAAACCUUCAAAUAUCUUUCUGGGAAUGGAGAAUAUCGAGUCAAGGAUCUGUUUUCAUGUGCGCUAACAAAUCGAGAAUGGUGUAAUAGUGUAAUUCCCAUCCUCUGGAAUCAACCGUUCUCAUAUUACAAACAAUCUCAACUCAAUAGUGUCAUCAUUACUUUCAUGGCAUCUCUCGAUGCUCCAACCAAAAAUCAACUCAAGAAGAAUGGUAUCAAAGAACCAAGUCUAAUGAGCACCCCAGCAUUUGAUUAUCCAUCGUUCAUGAGGUCGUUGAAUUACAAUGGUCUUCGCGUUUCCAUAAGGCGAUGGUGCUUUCAUACUUUGGCUAACAAGCCAAUCAAGAAUGACAUUCCAUUCUAUUACAAUCUCCUGUUAAGAGCGUUCGUAAAGCUCCUUUGCGAGCGUUGUAACAAUUUGGAUACUUUUUUGGUCGAGACUUGCAUGAACCCUUGGUACUUUUCAGAUUCCACGACCAAUUUGGACGGUGCUCAUUUGUUUUUGUGCGAACCAGGAAUUCAUUCUCUGAUCGCUCCCGUGAAAAAAAUGAAAUUUAAUGCGAAUUCAAAUAUACAUCAUUAUCUCAACAAUACGAAGAAUAUUCAAUUGUCACAAAGCCAAGCGGAAAAAUUAGCAGCGCUGAUGAUAGUGAAGAAUUACUUGGAAUACUUUCAACUCGUCAAUUGCAUUAGGUUCACUUCUGUAAUUUUAAACGCCCUACAAAGUCAAUCGCACUCCAUCAAAGAACUCAUAUUCCUCAAUGUGAAUUUUUUUGACUGUACAACAUUUAAGGGUUGGCCGUCCUUCAAGAAAUUGGAAAAAUUGAAAUUCCUGAGAUGCGGCGGAAUUAAUGAAGAAUUCAUUGAAAACCUGGUGGGUGCAUCGUUUCCUAAUAUUGUUGAGGUCACUGUGAAUUUCCAAGAGAAAUCUCAACGAUUAGAAGGAUGGGCCUCAAAAAUUAAUGAGAAGUUCUUAAGCAGGGCCGAUGAAUGA